AUGUGGAAUAAAGGUAGAGCAUUGUUGUUAAACAGAAGAUACAUAAGUUUUCGAUAUUUUACGAGUGAAGUGAAAGUGUAUGAUAAUCUGAAAAUUAUAGAAAGCAAAAGUUUAUAUGAAGACAAAAAUACAAAAAUUAGCAUUCGCGAAUCGUCAAAAUAUGCCAUCCCCAUACCCCAGUGUGACCGUUCACUAAUCAGUUCCGUUAUAUAUCGAGUUUUCCUAAAACACACAGAAUAUGGGGAAUGUGCAUGGAGACUAAUCCAUCUUAUCAUGGAAAGGUUGGAAAAUGAAGAAAUAUUGAAUCUGUUUCGCAUAGAGGAGUCUUUUAAUAUGAAAAUGUAUUUUUAUAUCUUACAUUUGUGGAUAAUUAACAAGAGAUUAAGGCAUGAAGAGUAUCAAGGCGAAAUAAUAAAUACGUAUAUUUUUGAUAUCACAUGGAGGAUUGUUCGUGACUGGAUGCUUUUGAAAGAUGUCCCCGAGUACUGUUUCAAUACAGAACUCUUAAAUUGCCAAGAAUAUGCCUUCGGGUUUCUAGUGUCCUUGGAUGAGGCAGCCACAAGUGUGGAUAUUUUCCCGUCACUUUUAAAAGACAUAUUGUGGGAACACCUGUAUGAAAAAAAAGUAAAGAAAAAUGGAAACAUAGUUACAGAAUUGAGUAAAUAUAGUGUAUUUCAAAUGAGGCAUAUCUUUAAUUUAUCAAGUGAUCAUUUCUUACAAGCAUACUUUAUAUGGGCUGACUUCUACAACCAAAAAAAAUCCAAUCGUCGUUUACCUGCUCUAUGCCAGCAAAUAUCUUAUGGAGGAUAUCGUCCAAAGAAUAAAAGCAAAUAUCUCCCAUAUGAUCAUGGGAAAAAAUUAUUACCAAGAACUUACUAG